AGUUUAAUCCGGAAGUGAAAUGAAAUGAAUGACCGGGGUUGACUUCCGCUAGCGGUGUGACGUCACGGACGGGUUUGUGCUGCCAACGCAGCAGAGCUUUAAACACGUCUGUAGUUAAAGCGUCAUGACGUUAUUAUAAACACUCCGAGUUUUAUUGUGUUUAUACGGCGUUUAUACGGCGUUUAUACAGCAGUCUGUAGUCAGCGCGUUUAUUUCACACUCAUCAUCAUCAUCAUCAGUCGGGCUCUUCAUCACUGAGAUGGCGAGUCCUCGAACCCGACGUGUUCUGAAGGAAGUCCGUGUGAAUGACGGGAAUAACGUGUGUUUUGAGUGUGGGGCAUUUAACCCUCAGUGGGUCAGUGUGACAUAUGGAAUAUGGAUCUGUCUGGAAUGUUCUGGGAAACACCGAGGACUCGGAGUUCACCUGAGCUUUGUGCGCUCUGUGUCCAUGGAUAAGUGGAAGGACAUGGAGUUGGAGAAGAUGAAGGCUGGAGGUAACGAGAAGUUCCGUCUGUUUCUGGAGCUGCAGGAUGAUUACAACCCCAACUGGAGCUUACAGGAGAAAUACAACAGCCGAGCUGCAGCGCUGUUCAGAGACAAGGUGGUGACAGAGGCAGAAGGUAAAGAAUGGUCAAUUGAAACCUCUCUUGCUAAAAGCUGGACUCCUCCUCAGUUGAACACUGCACUGUCGUCAUCACACCGUGCUGCAGGUUCGGCUCACACGUCCUCACACUCAGAUAAAGCGUUUGUGGACUGGCUCAGUGACGAUGUGAACUCCUACCAAGGUGGAGGAAGCGGCGCUCAGGAGAAUCGCUACGUGGGAUUUGGGAACACGCCGAAUCCUCCGAAAAAGGAUGAAGACUUCAUCAAUAACGCCAUGACGUCUAUAUACACAGGCUGGAGCAGUUUCACAGUUGGAGCCAGUAAAUUUGCAGCAGCUGCCAAAGAUAAUACGGCGAAACUGGCCAGUCAGGCGUCUCUGAAGGUGACUGAAUUAGGCCAAACUUUAAAUGAGAGUGUAAUCAGACCGACUCAGGAGAAGGUUAAAGAUGGAAAGUUAUUUGAUGACGUCACCGUCAGCUUCAAUGACUUAGCCUCCAAGGUUCAGGGUGCUGGAGCCAAAGGUUGGAAGGACAUGAGCUCAUUCUUCAGUGGAAAACCAGCUGAAUCUGCUGAUGGUCCUGCAGGGGGCGAUGAUUAUCACAGUGAAUCUGCUGGAUAUCAGAACAGUGACGGCGUCAAACAGACUUUCUGGGACUCAUUCGGCGAGAACAACAAGACCAAAAAGUCCCCGAGCAGUGAGAGCUGGACCCAUGUGGAGAACUCGGGUGGGAAGAAGAGCUCGGACAGCUGGGAGAACUGGGGCUCUGACAACAAGCACAGCACUGGGGACAGCUGGGAGAACUGGGAGAGCCACUGGGAGAACGGCGGAGACAACAAGAGCAAGAAGAGCCCUAAAGCAGACGAGGAGGCGUGGGACAACUCUAACUGGUAGAACAGUCGCUGUAACAAGCGCGUAAAUGUGAACUGGAGAAAGAAUCCUAAUAAAAACAUCUCAUUGGUCAUGUUCUGGUCUCACACACACACACACACACACACACAAACACACACACACACACCUCUACAGUCGCUCCUGUCCACCACCAAUCAGCACUUUACUCCAACACAACAUUCCACUUUCGGCCCACAUUCUGACAGGUUUUACUACGACGACACUGGUUUUGGUUCCAGCCCAAAUGGUAGAGUUUUUAUUGUUAGCUCUUAAAAUAAAAUAAAUCAAGUUUAGCUAACAAAGUGAUCCAGUAAUGCAUGGCACAUGCCAGGUUGCAUUGGUGUUACCAUGGCAACGACACAAACAUGGCGUGUAUAAAUAUUGUUCUGUUGUUCGAGUGUUUGAUCAUUAACUCCAGUUAAAGUGUAAUAAGAAUAAAGAAGAUAAAUUCCUGCAUGUAUAAAAACACAAACUGUGUUUGCUGUAAAAAAUUCGAGCUUUUCCUUUUAUUCAAAUAUUUUACACGUGUAAAGUUGCAGAAACUUUUCCUCCUAAAUAUUAAAAGAUUUUUGUUCAGUUGAACUUUAGUAGUGUUAAUGUGGUGUUUAUUUGUUCUUAUUUUAUUUCUGUCUGAAAAAUACUGAUGCUUAUAAAAGUGUUAAUGAAAUCAGAUUACAGAAUAAAGAUGUCAGUAUUUUUAAACACAAAA